AUGUUUGGUAUUCAUAUUAAUAAAUUAAAAUUAAAGAAAAUGAUAAUUCAAAAUAAAUUUCUAAUUAAAUUGUUUUGCAUGUUCAUUUUCGGUGUUAUAAUCUUGUAUAUUAUCAAGUUUAGUUUCAAUAAUAAUAAUGAAUUUGUAAAAGGUAGGGAUAUUUUGGAACAAGUAAUUUUAGCUGCUCAAUAUGGUGGAAUUCAAGUUGUAGCAAUACAUAAUGAACACCUUGUUAGUGCCAAAUCAAAAGGCAAAACAAUGGAAGGUGCAAAUGAUCCAGUUACUAACGCUGAUUACACAUCGCAUUGCGCUAUGUAUUAUCUUUUGAAAAAGAAAUUACCAAACAUUAAAGUAUUUAUAAUUAAUAGUUUUUGUAUUUUCAAGUAUUGGUUUAAAACAUACACCGUUUGUUUAUAAAUAAUAGAUUAUAUCGGAAGAAGAAUUAUCUGAAAAUGACUGUCAAAAGUUGAAUAUAAGAGAAUUAACAAACUAUAAAAAUGAAAAUUUAAUAGAUAUUGAAGAUGAAUUUGAGAAAAAAUAUAUAACUAUAUGGAUAGAUCCGUUGGAUGCUACACAAGAAUUCACUGGUAAAUAAAAAAGUUAUUACAACAUUUCAACUCUUAAAUAAUUUUAAUGAUAUUUAUUUUAGUUUAACAGUAAAAUUCAUGGUCUGGAAUACCUAACCUAACCUAUUCAUUUUAAAAAUGAAUGCAUUCACAAUUCAUUCCACAUUCAUCAAAAAUGACUACCUAAAUUGAAUUUAAAUUAAAUAUUGGAAACAAAUGCUGUUUACCUCCCAAUAAAUUUUUUUUUCAAAAUGUGUAUUUUUACAUGCUUAAUUGAUGGUACUUUUAAAAAUGUCGCUCAAACUUCAUUUGGAAGUUAUGGUCAAAAAACUUCAAAAUGCUUGAUUUUUCUAAAAAUUAUGUUUUUAAGUUUAAAAUAUCAACAAUUUGUAUUUUUUGGAAUUUUUUUUAGAAUUGGUAGUAAUUAUAUGAUUAAUAUUUUGGUGAAAUUAGAAUUCACCUAUCAUACUUACUUUUUAUGUUAUUUAAUAAACCACAUAAAACCUAAUUAUAAUGCUAUUUCAAUUAUUGAAAAUGUUAAGCAUAUAGUUACUAUAAUUUUUAAAAAAAAAUUGUAAAUUUGGUAUUUUAAACUCAAAAACAUGAUUUUUAGAAAAACCAAGUAUUUUAAAGUUCUUAGACUAUAAAAAUAAAAUGAAGUUUAAGCGACUUUUUUUGAAAGUACCAUCAAAUUAGGCAUGCAAAAACACACAUUUCAGAAAAAAAUCCGAAAAUUUGUUUGGGAGCAAAACUGUAUUUAUGCCAAAUAUUGUUAUAUAGAGUCAGCCGGCUUGUAGGCGGUACAAGCUGUGCACUUGUACAUAGCCCUGCGCUUUUAGUGAAUUGGUGUUUAGUUGCAAUCGUAGCUAAAUAGAUAGGUAUUUUAAAGAUUAUUUAGGAAAAUAUAAAUUAAAAUUAAUGAACUAAGAAAAAUUGUAUUGUAAAGAUUCACCUAUGAAUAUAGUGUUCUCAUGGUAUAAAAAGAUGAAAAAGUAAUAAAAACUUAUUGAGGCAUCGCAAAAAGGACUGCACAAAGUCUCAAUAUUUUCUAAACCGCUCUUGUGUAGAUUGAAAUUAUCACCUUUGACCAGUAUCCCCAUUAUUAUCACUCAUUUUUAUUUUAUAUAGAUAUUGUAAUUUUGUAAUUUAAUAUGACAUAUGAUUAUUUUUAUAUUUAUUUACAUUACUUAAUUAAUUUAUUGAGGUAAUCAAUUACCAAAAAAUUAGGCGAUAACAUAUAUCUAUAGAACAGAAAAAUUAAAUGUUUAACACAAAUUUAUCAUAACGUUCUUAAGACUUUGAAAUUCAAAUUACGUAUUGGUAAAUUUAUAAUUUAUCAAAUAUUAAAAGAACACAAUUCUUAAGAUGACCCUAAUUGGUGACACAAGCUUAAUUUCUAAAUUGAUAACUAGUUUUUUUAUACCAUCUGAACUGUAUAAAUUAACACAUUGAAACUAAACACAUUUUAUGUAGUGACACUAUUUUAUUAUUUAUUAAUAUAAUAAUAAUAAUAAAGUUACUAAUUUAAACCAGUGGCCAAACUUGUGGGCCACAUCUAUUUAUGUCUUUUUCAUAUGGCUUGCUCCACAAUCAUAUUAUAAUUCAUUAUUUGUCUAUACUUCUUCUUAAACUGUAUACAUUCUAUAAAAAAUGAACUUUAAUUAUUGUGUUAACUAUAUUCCUAUUGAGCUUCAAAUAAAAAUAUUAGAUUUACAGUCACAGUAUAAUUCUCAAUCUCAAAAUUCAUUCAAACAAUUGAUUUUAUCUAUUCAUUUUUCGGAUUUUACUCAAUUAUUUAUAAAAUUAGAAAUAUAAUUGCAAAAUAUUAUAGUUUGUUUCAAUCUUCAUAUGUGUAUGAACAGGACUUUUCUCAUUUGAAAAAACUCGAAAACCCACACUCAUCACUUUUAACAGAUGACCACAUUCACUAUGUGUAAUAUUCUACCAUUACAAAUUAAGUUUGAAAUAAGAUGAAUAAGAAAAUGAAUAAGAAAUUGUUUACUAAUUGUCCAACCCUUUCCACAAACCUUUUGAAUUUUGAAUUUUAUUUGAGAGCCUACAAAAGUGUUGAUCACCGAUUUAAAGAAUAAACCAGUUUUUGGUAUGAGUGCAUUAUUACAUUAAAUUUACAUUCACAUACAUUAGUAAAAUGAUUGCUUUCUUGAUCAUAAUUCAUAGUUUAUAAACUAAAUUGCUCAUGAAUGCAUUCAUUUGAAUUUAUUCGUUCCAAACCUUACAAUAAUUUGUAUAACAAUUAUAUGUAUAAUUGUUUUAGAAAGCUUAACACAAUAUGUUACAACAAUGGUUUGUGUUGCAUACAAGGGUAAACCUAUCAUGGGAGUAAUACAUGAACCAUUUAAAUUGAAAACAACAUGGGCUUGGCUCUCUAAGUCAAGAUCAGAUAAUUUCAAUAACAUCAAAGUAAGUAAAUUAUAAUUAAUUUAUGUACAUAUUAUAUAACCUAUUGUGAGUAAAUUGUAUAUAAAUCUCAAACAUUUGGAUUAUUGGAAGUUGCAUAUUUGUUUUGCAGUUUGUUAUUAGGUACAAAAUAAAUGUUCCAGUAUUCUUUAACUUGUUAAAAAAAAGUCAACAAAGUACAGUGUGGUGUUAAUAUAAAUCUAUAAGUGAAUGGUUCAAAUUUGACUCAAAUAUAUGUAAGGUUUUAAUAUUUUGAAGCAUGAUAUUAUGGUACAGUAGAUGUAUGCUCAACUGUGUCAUUAUUUUUGCUACAUCCAAGAUAAAUGGCAAUAUAAUUAUCAUGUUCUACUUUUUACUAUUAAAUGUAACUGUCGAGCCAAUACAAUGGAUAAAAUACCAAUAUACCCAAAAAUUAAUAAUUUAAAUUGAUGUAAUAAUAUUUGAGAUAUUUAUAAUAUAAAAACAAAUAUAUUUUGUAAUCAUUUUUUGUAUUACUUGUAUAAUGUAUACAACUUAAUAUAAUAUAUUUUUUAACUUAUUAGGUACCGAACAAAAAGUCAAUUGUAGUUUCAAGAUCACACAAAGGGGAUAUAAUGAAUCUUCUAAAACAAAGAUUAUAUGGAGUGCCAGUUGUGACAGCCGGAGGUGCUGGUUAUAAAGUUUUACAAGUGUUAUUUGGAAAUAUGUCUGCUUAUAUUCAUACAACUAACAUAAAAAAAUGGGAUAUUUGUGCUGGGCAUGCCUUAUUAAAUAGUGUUGGAGGUAAAAUGACAUCCUUAAAUAAUGAAGAUAUUACAUAUGAAAAGUACACGAGCAUGAUGCAUGUUGGAGGAAUCAUUGCAUCUGUAUACAACCAUUUAUAUUAUGUCAACUCUCUUAAUAAUUUACAAAAUGUUUAA